AUGCAAAGUAAAUAUCCUGUAUGUCAGCAGGGCAGUUCGUGGACGCCUGAAGAGGAAUACACAAAACCGCAACCAAAAGUGGAACAACGGAGCAUUCUUGUGCGCGACCUCCCUGGACACCUGGCCGCUGAUGAGGCCACAGAGGUCCUUAGGCAACUGUUUUCUAAUUCCUACCGUCAGCCAGGUCACUGUUUGCCUAAGAAAGGCCCUUCCCAUGGGGCGCCACCGCCAGUUCCUGCACGGCAAGGGGCACUGCCCCAAAGCAGCUGGCUAAACAACCGGCGCUACGCCACCGAAGGGACGAUAGAAGACUCCAAGAGAGAGAACCAGCGUAACCAUGCUCUACAGCAGCUACCCUAUGCUAUGUCCAGCAUUCGCAUUGCAGCGGACACCCGGGGGGCCAGUUUGUAUGCCAUUGUUGAUUUCACACACGAGGUGCACGCCAAACUAGCGCUUGAGCUCCUCGGUUCAGCCUCUGUUCUGCCAGGCACUUCAUCGCAAGUUCGGCUUUCUUUGCACGAAACGUGGAGUACUCCGUUGGUGGUUGAUGAAUACCAUGUCUACAUUUCCGGAUUGGCCCCAGGUGCCACAGCUGACCAGGUUGAGGACCUCGUCACAGCUGCAACGCAAAUCGUGCCAACUCACGUCAAGAUGUCGUCUGUUGCUGGACUUCCCUCAAGGAAAGGGGUGCGCGAGUAUGCAUUCCUCCGUUAUUCCGAUGAAGAUGUAGCAGAGAUAGCCCUGAAGAGACUUCAGGUGAGAAUAAAUUUCCUAUCCUUAGAGCGGAGUGCAAGUAGUUUUGCUGAUGUUAAAGAGCCGCUGACUCAUGCAGCGAAUUGCAGCAUUUUUAUAGCAAAUCUGCCUCCUCUAACCAACAGUGAAGAGCUCAGAGAAAUUUGUUCAUACUUUCAUGUUGUUAGAGCUGCUGAAGUCCACCCAACCAGGAAUUUUGGUUUCGUUCGCCUAGCGUCGCACGAAGCAGCUCUGGCAGCCAUCAGUCACCUAAACGGGAUGAAGCUACACGGCCGGACGAUGGCCUGCGCCUGGAGUUCGAGGUGCUUGACUUCCAAUGUAGAGGAAACCCUUGAUGACGCCUGGGAGCGAGCUGAAGAGGCAUAUGCAGUGAUGUCAGCGCAAUGCAUGGAAUAUGAAGCCCAGCCGGCUCAGCAAUCGCUGCCCUCUGGCGUGGAUGAAGCCAGAGCUGUUCUGAGCCCCAAAACGGCAGCAAGGCGGGCAGCUGUUGAAGCAGCAGGACAGACUUUUUGGUUUUCUGUCCUAGCGGAAAAUGGCCCCGUAACUAUAAGUGACAUUGCAAGUCGGAUGCGUCAACGCCAAAGGAAGCUACGCGAUCGAUUGGAGCACUGGCAAGCCCAAGAUUGGGAAGAAGACACAGAGAGCACCGAGCUCCAGAGUACUGUGCCCAGAACGGGAACUGCUAUGAAGUUAUUACCUGCUUCCCUAAAGGAGCUUAAGCUCCUUGGUCAACCACAUUGUGAUUAUGAAAUAGUUGCUAGAUAUACUGCAGUAGAAUACGUGUAUGUACAGCUUGGCUUGCAACACGCACCUUCUGAGACCGCCGGAAAUCACACUACUCAACAUGUUGACAAUGAGCCCAGAAGUUUCUCACAUACGGCUUGGCCCGUUGGAAUAACGAAAUUUUCUUCGCCUUCUGUGAGUAAAAACACAUUUUUAGUUUUGGGUUCGGUUAAAAACGUUUGCCGCACAUCAAAAACAAGAAAAGACGUAUAUCAGCACUUCGGGAAUUAUGAGCGUAGCCCGUCGGUAAUUUCAGAGAAUCUGAUAAAGACAGUGUUUGGUGGCAGUCAGUGCACUGAUGGGAAGUCCCAGUGA